GCGGCCGACCGGGAGCGGGGGGCGGCCCCCACCCCGGCCGGGUGCCCGGCCCGUGGCCCCAGCCUGCGCUCCCGACUGCCGCCGCCGCCUCUAACGGGAGUCUGCCUGCUGCAGGACGCACCAACCUUCCCUCCAUGGAGUUCGGGCUGCUCAGCGAGGCAGAGGCCCGGAGCCCGGCCCUGUCGCUGUCAGACGCGGGCACUCCACAUCCUCCGCUCCCAGAUCACGGCUGCAAGGGCCAAGAGCACAGUGACUCCGAGAAAGCUUCGACCUCGCUGCCCGGGGGCUCCCCGGAGGACGGCUCGCUGAAGAAGAAGCAGCGACGGCAGCGCACGCACUUCACCAGCCAGCAGCUGCAGGAACUGGAGGCGACCUUCCAGAGGAACCGCUACCCCGACAUGAGCACGCGGGAAGAGAUCGCCGUGUGGACCAACCUCACCGAAGCCCGAGUGCGGGUGUGGUUCAAGAACCGGCGCGCCAAGUGGCGGAAGCGCGAGCGCAGCCAGCAGGCGGAGCUGUGCAAGGGCGGCUUCGCGGCGCCGCUCGGGGGGCUGGUGCCGCCCUACGAGGAGGUGUACCCCGGCUACUCCUACGGCAACUGGCCGCCCAAGGCGCUCGGCCCGCCGCUCGCCGCCAAGACCUUCCCCUUCGCCUUCAACUCGGUCAAUGUGGGGCCUCUGGCUUCGCAGCCCGUCUUCUCACCACCCAGCUCCAUCGCCGCCUCCAUGGUGCCCUCGGCCGCCGCUGCCCCGGGCACCGUGCCAGGGCCCGGGGCCUUGCAGGGCCUGGGCGGGGCACCUCCGGGGCUGGCUCCUGCGGCCGUGUCCUCCGGGGCUGUGUCCUGCCCUUACGCCUCGGCCGCCGCCGCCGCUGCCGCCGCCGCCGCCUCCUCCCCCUACGUCUACCGGGACCCGUGUAACUCGAGCCUGGCCAGCUUGAGGCUCAAGGCCAAACAGCACGCCUCCUUCAGCUACCCCGCGGUGCCCGGGCCGCCCGCGGCCGCCAACCUCAGCCCGUGUCAGUAUGCCGUCGAAAGGCCCGUAUGAGCGGCGGGGCCUGUGGAUCACACCCCCAAGGGCGGGACAGUGCUUCACCUCCUCCCCGGACUGGGGUUGUCUAGACUGGCUGGCCCUGACCCCAGGGUCUCAGAGGGUGCUUGGGCAGCUGGGGGACGGAGGGGCGGGGAUGGAGAGGGCGGCUGGCUCCAGAUAGGGGCCUGUCCCCUCGCAGCCCCCGAGGGGGUGGACUGGGCUCUACUGCGCCCACCCCCACUCCCGCCUCCGGGACUAAGGCCAGGAACUGGGACCAGCUCCCUAGGAGCCAAUUUACCCUUGGCUCCCCUCCCGCCUUCUCCAGACUCCCCUACCCUAUUUUCAAAGAUCAGUGAAAUAAACGUGCGCGGACUGUCAAA